AUGGGGUUUAUUGUCAUCCUACACUUAGUGCUGUUGGCUGAGGCAGAGUGCAAAGUUCCUGUUUUCAAAUGUAGACUCAGUGACCCUCUCCCUAUUCAUCAUAAAUACUAUCAGUCAGGUGACCUCCUUCUUUCCAGCAUCAUUUCUCAGAUGUACAUCCUUUCUGACUUGAUAACAUUCAGAAGACAUCCUUCCCAGGAACUGAUUGAUGAGCUCAUUAACUAUUUCAGUGCAAGCUGGACCUAUCUGGCCUCCAUGGAACUUCUCUCUACACAUGGCAGAUUCGUCCCUAACUACAAAUGCGAUUAUCAAAGCAAUUGGGUGGUAGCGGUAAUUGCGGGACCUCACUCUGACAUUGGCCUCUACACUGCAACCAACCUAGGUAUCUACAAGCUUCCACAGCUCACAUAUGGAUCUGCUUUGGUGAUGAAUAACAACAUCCAGACUGCUUUCAUCCACCAGAUGUUCCCAAAUUGGAUCAGUCAGUAUAGGGGAAUUCUCCAGCUACUGUUGCAUUUCAGGUGGACAUGGAUUGGGGCAAUAUCUCAAGGUGAUGACAACACAGAGCGCUUUGUACAAAACAUACUUCCUAUGUUUACCCAGAGUAGAGUCUGCUUUGACUUCAUAACAAGGUUUCUAAAAGCAUAUUUUUCUAAUCAGUUAUCUGACAUGACAACAGAGGGACUUGAAAUAUUCAACCUUAUAAUGAAAAGCACCGUCAAAGCAGUCAUCAUAGAUGGUGAAAUUGAAACCAUGAUGACUUUUAGAAUCUUGUUCCAGCUCUCAGAAUUUGAGAAUAUACGAAUGGAAGCAAAAGUCUGGAUUAUGACAGCCCAGAUGGAUUUCACAUCACUUCCCAUCCAAAAGAAUUGGGACAUCAACUUCCUCCAUGGAGCUUUAUCCAUUGCCAUUCCAACAAAAGAGUUGUUAGGAUUCCAGACAUUUCUUGAGAUGAUAAGCCCUACCUCAGAAAAAAAUGAUGGCUUUAUCAAGGUUUUUUGGGAAGAGGCAUUUAGCUGUUCCUUGCCCAACCCUGGAUUGGACAAGGAGAGUGGAGAAAUCUGCACUGAGAUGGAGAAACUGGAGACUCUUCCAGUGUCUGUUUUUGAAAUGAGGAUGACUGGCCACAGCUACAGCAUCUACAGUGCUGUCUAUGCUGUGGCACGUGCUCUUCAAUCCAUGCAUUCAUCCAAAUUCAGACACAGAGCAAGGAUGGAUGAAGGAAGAUGGAGGCUUCUGAGUCAGAAGCGAUGGCAGCUCCAUCAUUUUAUAAGAAGUGUCUCAUUUAACAACAGUGUGGAGGAAAAUGUCUCUUUUGACCAAAAUGGGAACUUAAUAGCUGGAUUUGAUGUUAUCAACUGGAUCACGUUUCCAAACCAGUCCUUUCUUAGAGUAAAAGUUGGGAAGAUAGAACACAAGUUUCCCCAAGACAUACUGCUUACCAUUCAUGAUUAUGCCAUCGUAUGGCCCAGCAGAUUUAAUCAGGCACAACCCCUUUCUCUGUGUAAUGAACAUUGCCAUCCAGGUAGCAGAAAAGCAAAGGAAGAAGGAAAACCAUUUUGCUGCUAUGAUUGUCUUCCAUGUCCGGAAGGGAAGAUUUCAAAUGAAAAGGACAUGGAUGACUGUUUUUAUUGCCCAGAUGAUCAGUAUCCAAACAAGGAUAGAGAUUUAUGCAUUCCAAAAUCUAUAAGCUUCUUGACUUACGAAGAACCUUUGGGGAUAUGUUUGGCUGCUUUUGCUCUUCUGUUUUCAUUCAGCACAGCACUGGUGCUUAGGAUCUUCAUUAAGUACCAGGACACUCCCAUUGUCAAAGCCAACAACAGGAGCGUCACCUACACUCUUCUCAUCUCCCUUCUGUUCUCCUUCCUUUGUGCUUUCCUGUUCAUUGGCCGACCUGGGACUGUGACGUGUCUCCUUCAGCAGGCUGUUUUUGGCAUCAUCUUCUCAGUGGCUGUUUCUUGCAUCUUGGCCAAAACCAUCAUUGUGGUUCUAGCUUUCAUGGCCACCAAACCAGGGUCCAGGAUGAGGAAAUGGGUGGGGAAAAGACUGGCAACUUCCAUUGUUUUUUCCUGUUCCAUUAUUCAAACUAGUAUUUGUAUGGUUUGGCUGACAACCAGUCCCCCUUUCCCAGAUGUGAACAUGCACUCAAUGACUGAAGAAAUUGUACUGGAGUGCAAUGAAGGUUCACCUCUCAUGUUUUACUCUGCCCUGGGUUUUAUGUGGGUUUUGGCUAUUGUCAGCUUCAUGGUGGCUUUCCUAGCCAGGAAGUUACCUGGCAGUUUUAAUGAAGCCAAACUCAUUGCCUUCAGCAUGUUGGUCUUUUGCAGUGUCUGGUUGUGCUUUUUUCCAACCUACUUGAGCACAAAGGGGAAAUACACAGUGGCUGUUGAAAUUUUUUCCAUGUUGUCCUCCAGUGCUGGAUUACUGUGCUGUAUAUUUUUCCCAAAAUGCUAUGUCAUUUUGAUGAGACCUGAGUUGAAUGACAGGAAACACCUAACAAGGGGAAAGCUGUGA